AUGUGGGGGCUGGGUGGGGGCGAUGACUGGACGGUGACGGUGACGGCGGCGAGGAGCAUGAAGAGCGGCAAGAAAGCCCAGAGAAAGGGCGAAUCUCCUCCACCAGUACCAUCCAUCUGCCCUCAAGACUCUAAGGAGGCGCUCCUCCCCAUCCUCAACACAGCUGCUGUGGACGCUCAAGUCUACUUCCAGCAACUGCCGGCCUUCCUUAACCAAAUCGAUGCGCAUGCCAUCUCGGAGGCGUGUGCGCUCUUCGACUCGGUGACGCCGUCAAUCAUUCCUCUUAUCGCGUGCAUCUUCUAUGAGGUUGAGUGCUUGAAGCCGGCGGACGCACUGCCAGAGAACGGCGACCAGACCAAAAGAGAUGCCAGCAAGGGCGCUAAGAGCAGGAAGAGGAAGGCAGUUGAGCCGACCAUCAAGGUGGCCGACGCGGCCGAUGUGUCGGCAUAUCUAUCCGAGCAAGAGAGGAUAUCUAUCAGAACGUUUCUCGAGAGGGCGAGGGACUUCUUCUGCAGGGGGGUCUUCGAUUACCUUGAAGAUGCGUACGUGGAAGAGCAAUGCGAGGCGUUCCGGGUAUGCUUCACACGACGACCUUCGAUGGACACGUGUUUCUUUGGUAUUUGCAUCAUCAGGUGGCCAAGACAGAGCCUCUGUUGCAGCUGCUCAAGGACAUUGCGGCCGAUGUCAAGGACAAGUCGGACCUGUCAUCUGAGGACCUGCGACACAGGCGCGAGACACUGAAAAGAAAACAACUAAACAAGUACGUGGCUUCAGAAUUGCCUUUUCUAUGGAAGAAAUAUACACAUGUGCUUCUGUAUGAUGUAGACUCUUCGUGUUGGAGCAACUGCGGGCCUUUAGAGCAGGAGAGGGUGCCCUGCUGACGAAUGCAAAGGAUGUCGCAGACAGUCCAGAAGUGCGGAAACAGCUGGAGGUGGGAAGAAAUAGGUCUUCAAUAGAAAGAGCAUUGCUGCUUCCUCUUUUCUCAGCGUCUAUACCGUCGUCUCAUCGCCCAUCCUGUCCAAGCGACGUCCCCUGCUGAGCCAGACAAGGCUGCAGCACUCACGUCGCAGCCCCCCAUCUCGCCCACCACACCGAUUAGUGCUGCAUUCGCAUCCCUAGGGUUCAGCCCAGACACAAGCCCGCUGGCCAAGCGAGGGACAGUGCAGAGACGACAGAGCCGCGUCACCUUCGGCAAGUACUCUGAUACAUCGGCAUCGGGGUCGGCCCAGGGCAGCUGCGGCUGGGACACUUAUGAAUGGUCCGGCGCUUCCCCUCAGCCAAUCAUGUCUGGAUGGAGUGGGGCGUACGACUCAGCAGACAGGAUCCUCACCCUGGAAGACAGGAAUGAAUUCGAGGCGAAGAAGAAAUCAGGCCGGUAAGUACCAUGCACCUAUAGCAUAUACAGGCUUUUGUAGGUAUUUGCCCGUUUCUGUUUGGUCAGGCUAUGGACAGAUCAGCCUGAGACACAACCUGGGGCACAAGAGAGCCCCUCUGCCAGCUCCGUCUUUUCCCGUGCACCCACGAGCAUCUCCCUGCUUUCCUACACAGCACCGAUCCCCAUGACAGGGGGCAAAGAACACGAUGACGAUAGCAGCCCCAAAAGCGUUCUCAAAGUGCCCCGCGCGGCAGCAGAGGGCGCAUAUGCCGCUGUGUCUUCAAUGCGGGACAUGAGUGAGCGCUUUGCGGCCUGGUUGGCGGGCAAGCAGAAGCUGUGUAAGUGAGAACACACACUACAGCACACAUAAGCACAGUGGCACUUCUUCCAUCCGUCAGGUGUUGAGGUGCCGAGGCACGCCGGGCAGGAGAAAGAGAGGGACACCGUGGUGAUCGUGGGGGACAAAACGGACCUGCUGAACCAGUGCCCAUAUUUGGAAGAGAUCUUGUUGGAGCAGAGACAGAGGCACGAGGAGCUGCGGGAAGCCGUCCAUGAGGGGUGGGUAACAGUGGGCAGAAUGCUCAUCAACUAUUCGGUAUCAUCUAAACACGUGUACUCCAUCUCCCUUCCUUUUCGCUGAAGGGCUGUUCGUCGUCACCACGAGAUGACGGCAGGUUUUCUGGAUGAAGGAGAGGCCCCGCAGCGGGCCAAAGAGGGAGGCAUUGAGAAGCUCAAGAAGCUGAAUGCUGCCGACGCGGGUAAGACACGAAAGGGGAGAGUUUGUUGCUCGAGUUGCAUUUUCGUCUUUCCCUUAUCGUGCAGACUUCUCCACUCUUGUCGACUACAUACUCAAAUACCUCCUGACAAACUAUGGAUCCAUCAAGAAAGGCUUUGAGGUGCAAUAGUCUCCAUCACAGGAGCCUUCUGGAUACCUUCCGUCUUCGUGUUGUCUCAGAGUCUCGACGUUAACGAAGAUGGCACGCUGGACAUGGUCGAUUUCGAAGAGACGAUGCGACAGUGGGGCAUCAACAAGAAUGCAGCCCAACAAAUUUUCCUUGCGGUAGACAAAUUGAUUCGUGUGCGCCGCUUGGCGAUCCAACAUGUCUCGUCGUUCUGCGUUGUAGGUAGACGUGCGUCAAGACGGGGAGAUCGACCUUGCAACGCUGCAGAGGUUCUUUCGUUGGCAGCUCACCGAGGAAAGCGACGCACCUGUCAUGUCUCUGGUCGAUCAGUUCGGAAGUAAGUCAUGCGACGGCUGCCUGCCCAUCGCACGUGUAUCGCGUGUCUGCCUGUCCUUCAGAGAGUGAUGCGUCGCUGCUGAUGGAGAUUCGUGAGAAGCUCCUGCUGCGCUAUGGUAAGGUGGAAGGUGGCGAGCCUCAACUGGUGUCCAAAACUCUUGUUCUAUGGUAGGGUCUGUUGCGCGCGCCUUUAGCAUGAUCGAUGUCAAUAAGGACCAGGGGCUAUCGCAAGAAGAGUUUAUCAAGGCUGCAGGACGCAUACGCAUCUGCAGAGAGGGUCAGGGGGAGCAACGAAUGCCUGGUAUGACGUUUAAAUGGUUGUCCGUGAAUGCAGACGGGAUGCGGCUGUUUCAGCUGAUGGACCUCGACAGGAGCGGCACGGUCGACAUGAGCGAGUUCCAGACCGCACUCAAAGACCACCAGCUUGACAUCACCGGGUUCACCUCGUUCGAAGACUCGGCACUUCUCUCAGCCUUCAGACUGAAGUUGCUCAAGGUGUACGGCUCCCUCCCGGCAGCUGAGGACGCCUUCCUUGAAGCACUGACACCUUCGCCCUCGAUGAGGCGGAGGCGAUCAAAGCUCAUGGGGCCCUCACUCAUGAUGGGAGCGACGGUCACUGCUGCUGGUGGAGACGGGCAAGGGCCGGGUGGCAUCGACGGCGAGAAUCGUGAGAUCAAGUACGGCAGCACACUGUCACUGAUGGACUGGCUGGACCUCGUGCAGGAGCUGGCUCUGCGUAAGAGAGGGAAGGGGGGGCAAGAAAGGGCAAGUGCAUAUGUUGGUUCACCGCAGCCAUGAGUGAGGAGGAGGCAACUGCCGUCCAUUCUGUGCUCGACAAGACAGAGUCGGGGAGCAUCGCACUGUCGUAAGUGAUACUUGUGGGAACGCUGAAGGCGAUCCACCCUCCUCAUCCAUGUCUCCGUGUAUGUCAGCGCUCUUUUCGCCGCUGUACGUGGCGGAGUCCUGCGUGAAGGCGAACAAAAAAGCGUCGUCCCCUCAUUCCUGACGUAAGCAGCUCAGUCAGAAAGCCUGAAAAUCCGCUAAUCGAUUCCUGAAACGCAUGUACUUAUGCAGGGAUCAUCACUUCAAUCAGUUCUUGGAUACGUUUAAGGUACGUCAAUGGACGCCAGCGGGGCAAGAAAGACCUCACCACCUGAAAGCAGGCACCCGAGAGCGAAUUCAUUGCACACAAGCUGCGAGAAAUGCAGACCGUCCUGCCCUCCUUCUGCAAGGUGACUUGUCUUGCCCGCCUUCGACCCUCACACAUGACCCAUCCUUCAUCUGUGGCUCUGUUUGCAUAAGGAUGUCCGCACCGAGGCAAUGCGCGAAGUCGAGGAAGAGCUGCAGCGGCAGAGAAGCGAACUUGAUAACCUUGAGGUGAGAGAUAACCUUGAUGAGUACUCACGCCACUCUCCGUCUGUGGAAUCGAUCAGUCAGGCGGAGGCAAUGGUUGAGGCCACAGCAUUCGUGUCGGACCACUUCGACCGCCUCAUCGAGAGCAUCAACAGGCAGCGAGACAAGACACUCAAAGCCCUCACUGUGCACCUGCAGACACUCACACACAUGCACAAGACCAGGCUGGAAGACGCACAAAAGCGUGUCAAAGAGGCAAGUAGAGACACGACGGCAGAUGCCAGCGGGCAUAUACCGUGUUGUUGUCCGCGAGUCCGUGCAGACGUGGAGCGCUAAGCUGCAAGAGUGGGAGGAUGCAGUGACCCACCUGACCGACAAGGCAGCAAUGGAGGAAGAGGCGAAAGUAGGAAUUGACUUGCAGUGCAGGUACACAUGACUCGCCGGUCGUCAUGGGCUGUGUCUCUCCCAUGCAGGCCCACGACCACUUCCCGUCUGGAUGGGAUUGCGUGCAGUUGCUCAAGCUCAGCUGCUGGCUGCGGUGUGAUGUCAAAAACCGCCUCAUAUACCACAUCGCCAACACAUUCGCCGACGUCGCCUUCCACGCGAAGUGGCAGGAGACCGAGACGGAGCAGUACGUGACACCUGACGUGCUGAGGGAGAUCAUCUCGCGGGUGCCCAUCAACACACUCUCGUAAGUGAUCACUUGAGCUGUGUGCAUCCAUGGAGCGUCCCUGUCUGUCUGCAGUUCGUUAUUGGAAGAGUGGAGAGUCAGAGAGAAGGAGAUGGCACGCCUGAGCGUCUCAGAGGUCAGGAAGGAAUCGGGGCUGACCUUUGCUCUGUCGGAAGAGGAGAAAGCCAAGCGCGCGCCGCAGUGGUCCCUCAAGCCACUGAUAGACAACGAGAUCCGUGACCGUCGACUGAUGGCCGAAAACUUGUACAAGUCAUGGUCGUUGCCGGUGCUCAAGGCGGCCAGAUUGAGGGGCCAGGAGGAGUUCCCAGACCUCCUUGAACGCGAAAUACACCACAAGACACGGCGAGGACAGGUGGGAACACAGCUGGACACACAUGCCUUCUAUGUGGCCUCCCCUCUCUGUCCCAGAUCCGGCUCUACAGCGAGCCACGCGACGCAGUGGACAUAGACGGCUACGUAGCUACGCUUGCGUGCGAUAAGUAAGUGACGCAUGCAGGACCAUUCUCCCCACGACACUGGAUAUGGAUUGAAAUCGGUGCAGACGCUAUGCCACUGUGCAUGCGACGGUCGAGUGCACUGCCCAAGAGUUGCAGAAGGCAGAUCGCGCCUUCAAGCCAGCGGAGGAGCACCAAACGGAUGAUGCACAGAAGCCCGGCCCCAUGCGGCGAGCGGUAACCGUGCGUCUUGUGGAUGAGGGGGCACCCGAGCCUUUCCGAGCAACAGCCGGGCCAAAGAAGACAGGACGGGCUAGGCUGCAGACAAGGAGGACGGCCGAGCUGAUUCUCUCGAUCCCUCCGGUGCCCUCUCAGCCCCCUCCACGCACAUUCCGAUCUUACUUCGAGGUGGAGAUCCUCUCACUCCCAAACCUAUACGGCGCUUGGGGACAGGUCUGCAUCGGCCUGGACGCACCUCGGGUCACUCAAAAUGACGUCAAUCUCGCUCUGCCGGGGCAGGAGGGCCUCCCCUUCCCCCAAAAGGACAGACCUGCACAGGCAGCGACAACACAGAAGGACGGCUAUGUCAGCCCAGAGGCAGUGUCGGACGAGACGAUGCUGCACAUGACCACACUUGCACAAGGGGAGGAGGCGGGGACAUGUCAGCAGGAGGGAGAGCAAGCGCCCCGCUCUCCGUCAUUUCCGUUCAAGCCGGAUCUGUCUGAGGCGAAGAGUGUGGGCAGCAGGGGCGGCGUGGUACUGCAGACCAAUGGGGUGCUGCAUGCAUUCGGAGAGGGCAUAGACACGGGGCACAAGCUAUCGACGGGAGACACUCUCGGCAUCUAUGUCGACCAGCGAGGGAGGGGGAGGUCGAGGAGACACCGGCCGUAUGUGCUCUUCACCGUCAACGGGAUCGUGUUGGAGGGGCAGGAGUUGGUCGAGAGGAGGAGAUUCCAGCAGCAGCAAGAGGAUGAUCAAGCUGCAGAGGAGACAGGUAUGUGGGUGCGCGCAGAGAGAAAUUUCGAGGUGCGGGGUGAUGUGUCGCGCAUGUCUCCAUGCAGAUGGUGACGAUGAAUACCCUGCGGACGACCUCCGUGCGUCUUUCCAGCGCGAGUCGUCAGCUUCUCGCCCAUCGCCGCCCGGCAUCCCCAUCCCCAACCCGCAGCAGUACGUCCUCAUCCCCUGCGCGUGUCUCUAUCAGAUCUUGCCGCCCUACCACGCCAUCGACGAGACCAAGCUGAGCAUCAAGGAGGUAUGCAAGAAUGACAUUCAACGCAUGCGCAUAUGGACGGAUAUACAUUUGUCGUGUCGUGGUGUGCAAUCUUCUCAGCGUUCGUCUCUGAAGGAGCUGCUGUCCCCCUGUGCUGUCCGAUUCAAUCUCAGCGGCCCUUUCAAGUACCGGCCGGGCAACAGUGUGGCGGGGUAUGGCUGGGAGCCAUUUGACCUCAAUCGAGAUGACAUGGGGGAUGAGGGCAGUAGCAUUGGCACGUUGGACUUUGGCACCUAAGUUGUUGGACCAAUGACUGCCGGAGAAAAGCGCCGUGACGAACACGUUGUGGCCACUUGUCAUGUGUAUUGAGUGCUCUCAUGUCCCUCUCUCUAUAUAUAGGCGUCCAUCCGUCCACGCAUGAAUGGCCUUGUCGCGUUGAGUGAGAUUGUGCGUCGCUACAUGUCUGUGUCGGUGUCAACUUUCUGACGAUGCUCUUCUGUAUGGGGCUUUUCCGCCCGGUGCG